AUGGGUUCCAGGAUCUCUUGGGAGAUUGCUCCCUUGCCAGUUGUGGAAGCGACACUUGGCGAAGUUGCAGAAGGUUUCAAAGUGGAAGAAAGACUGGCUUCAGUCUGGGUGGCUGGUGUAGUAGGGCCUGUUUUGCUCGAGGAUUCCGUCGAAGAGCGAGGUGAAGCUGUAGCAUCGGUAGCAGUAGCGCUUUCACCAGGUUCCGCCUCCGUGACGGUGGAAGAAGCAUCUGAACCAGUGGGAGUAGUUAGUGCUUCCGCCUCUGUCGUUGACUGAAC